CUACGUUGUGGGAAGGAAUCAUGGGAACACGGAAGUAUGGUUUUUAACACCAACAGAUCAGUUCAGCAGAUAUCGUGAACGUUAAAUAUAAUACGCAGGGCAGUCUGCAUUGGCACAGAGGAGAUGGUGAAAGGCAAAUUCUUCUACGCUGUGAGGAAAGGAUUCAACCCUGGAGUUUACCAAACUUGGGAUGAAUGUAAAAGCCAAGUUGACAAGUUCCCAUAUGCCAGCUACAAGAAGUUUGGUGCAGAAAAGGAUGCCUGGGCUUUCGUCAGAAGCAAAGCAACGUCGAUAACUCCAGACAUGUCAGAGGGAGCCAGCUAUGAGGCAACACUCCCAAGAAGGGCCCCGGAGGCCCUUGAGUAUAUUCCCAUUGGUCAGAAGAGGCACUAUGAUCACGUGGAGGAGGAGGUGGUGUCCCCUGCCAAACGAGCUAAACUGUCCCAGGAGGCAUCUCAAGACAGCUGCACAUCUUCAAAGAGCUCUGAUGGAUUCACCUACAUGGGUGAUGCAGUGGUGGUGUACACAGACGGUUGCUGUUCAGGCAAUGGGAAGGCCGGAGCCCGAGCUGGGAUCGGGGUGUACUGGGGACGUGACCAUCCUCUGAAUGUAGCUGAUCCGCUGGAUGGAAGACAGACCAACCAGAGAGCAGAAUUACAGGCAGCCUGUAAAGCCUUGGAGCAGGCCAAAGAGAUGGACAUCAAGAAGUUGGUGCUCUAUACAGACAGCAAGUUCACCAUUAACGGGGUCACCAGCUGGGUGAAGAACUGGAAGCUGAACAACUGGAGGCUCAAAUCUGGUGGUCCCGUCAUCAACAAAGAGGACUUUGAAAAACUUGACAAGUUAAAUGAAGAGCUGGAGGUUGUAUGGUUGCACAUCCCAGGCCACGCUGGGUACCUAGGAAACGAGGAGGCUGACAGGCUGUCCAGAGAGGGAGCAGCAAAACGCUUACAUUAGCCUUUCAAGAUAAUCUAACAGCCCUAACGUCAUAUUGACUUCUCUUGG